GUGACGUACACGUCAAAGAAUCGAAGAUGGCGGCGCUGUACAGCAUCAUUUAUUGAGAGCCAAUGACUUCUGUCAGAGAUACAAAUUCAGUCUUGAAAACUGUAUAAGAAAUUGAUCCAGAAGAGACAUGUCUCCAGAAGCGGCUCGCUGUUUACAAACAGUGGCUCCGCUGUUUUCUCCAUCCGUUUUCAUGAGACUGUUGCCCGCACAUGGAGGAGCCCGUCGCCUGCAGACACGAAGACACUUCGCUGUAAGUCAGUGUCUGGCAGCUAAAGUUCCCCCUGCUCGUAGUCGCAUGGAGCGAGUGGAGAUCCCCGGACUAGAGAAGGUCACCUACGGGGAAAGGAUGCACUAUGUGCCGGGGCUGGCUAAGCCUGUUUACCCGAGGUGGGAGAGGGACUACAAGGACCCGCGACGUUACAGGUCUCCCCCAGCUCACGAGAUGCCGCUGUACAAAGAGAAGCCGUGCUAUGUGUUCCACCAAGGGACCAGCGCACUGGAAGGUGUGCGCCAGGCUCUGUUGUUGACCAAAACAAAGCUGAUCUCCGGUCUGCCCACUCAGAUCCUCUCAUUGGCUGAGAGUCAUGCCAAUCAGAUACCAGAUCAGGAUGAGCGUGUGCAGAAUGCAAUCAAACAUGCCCGCUUCUGGGAUACAACAGAGGAACGACCAGACAAAGAGAAAUACAGCAACACUUUGCUCCGCAACCUGCUUCACCUGUGUGCGACUCUACAGUGCAGUCACCCCGCGGUUGGAAGGAGGAUCCUUACUGAGAAAUACUCAUUGGUAGCUACAUGGAGAAGAGGUGAGGACCUAUUGCAGGUUAGGGGUCAGAAUGGUUUACUACUUCACUGCAUGGAUCCUCUCCCAGUGGUUUCUGGGAAACAGGAAGUUGCAGACACAGCGGAUCAUGUCCUGGAAACCUUCUAUCCGGUAUCCCCUACCAUCGACCUGCACCAAGUACAUGUGUACAAGGAGGGGGAGAGCUGCUCAGGUUUCAGGGACAACUGUCCUUACCCUCAUGCCCACACUAUUUACUUUAUGGAUACAGUUGAGGCUCGCUAUAAGUUCCAGCCAGAACAGCUCAGAGCCAAGAUGGUCAUGUUCGCAUUUGGAAACGCUCUGGUCCGAGCACACAAACUGUAUGGGUCCCAGCCCCGGUGUGUGUUAGAUUGUCCUAUAACAGUACAGGCAGUGGGGACCAAUGGCAGAAUCUUCCAAUUUCUGGUUUUCCAGCUCAACACCACAGAUUUCUCAGGAGACGAUGGCAUCAAGAACCAAGUGUGGCUGGAUGAAGACAUCGAGCUCUAUGAUUUUGCAAAGGUCCGACCGCUGAUCAAGAAGAAGCAAGUCAAAGUACCAGCUGGUCUGGCAGGCUACAAGCCUGAAACCUUCAGCAAGUUCCUGGCCCUGUAUCUGCACGGAGCUGCAUAGGACUGCUUACUUCAGACGUGUGUGUGUGUGUGUGUGUGUGUGUGUGUGUGUGUGUGUGUGUGUGUGUGUGUGCGUGUGUGUGUAUGUGUGGAUGGACACACUGAUCUGUGAGUUACCACUAAAGUAUGUGUUUGUCCGGGGCCUGAACCAGUGUGUUACUAAGAAACUCCUCCUUUGCUUUGAAGCAGUCAGAAGCCUGGUUCACAGCGUGUUGGCUUUGUGGACAGUAACUAGCUACAGGUCCUCAUUGUCCCACUGAUUUCAGACCAAUGCAGUCAAUAAAAUCUGUCAUUCUUAAUAUGUA